UAUCUGUUUACAUACAGAAUUAGCUGUCUCUCUCAGAUGAUAUGUAAGGGGUAAUCCACGGCUAGAUGUGCAUUAAACGAUUUUAAUGCAUGAUGUGGAGGAAAAGAACCACUCGUUCAAAUCGUUUAAUGCACACCUAGCCAUGGAUUACCCCGCCUAUACCAUGGUCUUUCCACAAUUAAUAACGUUAAAGCUGUCAUUGGUUUAGAAGUGCAAACUUUGAUUAGAAGUUUAAAAUAAACUUUGGGAGGUCCCACUUCGGCUCUAAUUGGCUAUUUAUAUUUCUCUGGUUUACUUUAUUUAAAUGGUUAGUAGUCAUAUGGAUCCCAGCAUAGCUGGGACAGGCACGCCUUUAAGAUUUAUUAGUUGGAACGUCAGAGGUAUGGGUAAUCCUGUCAAGACAUCUAAGGAUUUUAUACAUUUGAAACAUUUAAACUUCAAUAUAGUAUUUUUACAGGAGACGCACCUACGUCUUAAAGUAUUAAAGAUCAUCAAAGGUUACUCUGCCCUUGGGUGAGUCAAGUCUUCCACUCGAACUUUAAUUCGAAAGCAAGAGGGGUCGCUAUUUUAAUUGACAAAAGGUCACAGUUUUCCUCCACUAACGUUGUUGCUGAUGUGAACGGUAGAUAUAUUAUAGUUGCUGGUACUCUGAUGCAAAGACAGGUGUUGUUGGUAAAUGUACACGCUCCAAACUUUGAUGAUGUGGAAUUUGCUAAUAGAUUGUUGAGCAAUCUCCCUUUUUAAAUACUCACCUGUAGAUUUUCGGGGGAGAUUUAAACUGUGUAAUUCACCAAAACUUUGAUCGGUCUAAUCCCCGUACUCUGAAUCAAUCUGCUAUGUCUAAAACAUUUUCAGAUUUUAUGGGUCAGAACGGUCUCGUUGAUCCCUGGAGAUCCCGUAACUCUGCUCUUAAAAAGUUUUCUUUCUUCUCCCAGGUGCUAUCCUAUUGAAAUCCUAUUCGAGGAUUGAUUAUUUUUUAUAGACAGCACUCUUGAUUCUUGUGUAGUUUCUUCUGACUAUUUGGGUAUUGUAAUUUCUGACCAUGCGAUCAUGAAUUAGAUAUUCAUCUUUCUAUUUAUAAACGUAGCCCACCGCCUUGGAGAUUUAAUUCUCUUCUUUUAGCAGACAGUGAAUUCUGUGAGUUCAUUUCUACUUCUAUGGAUGACUUUCUUUUCUUCAGUCAGAAUGACUCCACCUCUUAUUCAUUGUUAUGGGAGACACUUAAAUCCUAUAUCAGAGGGCAGAUUAUUUCUUACUCCACUCUCUGUAAUUAAAAGCGCACUGCUAGGGUUAAUGAACUUACAUCUGCGAUCAGUAGUCUCGAUCAAAGAUGUGCGUUGAACCCCUCUCCAGAACUUCUUAAACAGCGAAUCGACUUGCAGGCAGAAUUCAAUCUUAUUUCGACUAAAGAGGCGGAACGCUUGUUGUUACGUACUCCUGGUUCAUAUUAUGAACAUGGCGAUGAGCCGAGUCGUUUACUGGCACGUCAGCUACGGCGACAGGCCGCUUCCCGUCUCAUACCUAGUGUUAAAAACACUCAUAAUAUCGUCACUACAGAGCCCAUGGAAAUUAAUGCUACUUUUAAAUGGUUUUACUCUUCACCUUAUAAAUCUGAAUUUCCUGCAGACGAUACUAAAGUGAAUGCAUUUCUUCAAGACCUUUGUAACCCUGUUAGUGAUUCGAAUACUGCCAUGCAACUGGACUCCCCACUCUCUUCAAGAAAUUUGAAUUCAGUUAAAACUAUGCAAUCUAACAAAGCUCCUGGCCCGGACGGGUUUCCAGUUGAAUUUUUUAAAAUGUUUAUUGGAAAAUUAGCUCCAUUGCUUUUAUCUGUGUUCAACGAAUCCUUGGAAUGUGUCUUUGCCUCUGACUCUGACACAAGCCACGAUAGCUCUGCUUCUUAAGGAGGGUAAGGAUCCAACCUCCUGUGGUUCUUAUAGGCCGCUGUCUCUGCUUAAUGCAGAUGUAAAGGUGUUGGUGAAAGUAAUGGCAUCUCGUUUAGAGGACAUUAUCCCUUAUAUUAUAUGUGAAGAGCAGAAGGGUUUUAUAAAGGGACGUCAGAUGUUUUUCAAUACCCGUACGCUCUUUAAUAUAAUUUAUUCAAAGCAUUCGGCAGUGCUUCCUGAGAUUGUGAUUUCAUUAGAUGCUGAAAAAAGCAUUUGAUAGGGUUGAGUGGGAGUAUUUGUUUGCAGUCUUGAGGAAGUUCGGAUUUGGGGAUGAGUUUAUUUCUUGGAUUAGCCUCCUUUACUCAACCCCUAAUGCCAGGGUUCAGACAAACGAUCUCGUCAAGGUUGUCCUUUAUCCCCUCUGCUUUUUGCUGUCGCUAUCGUACCUCUGUCUAUCGCAUUAAGAUCUUCUCCCUUGUUUAAAGGAAUAGUUCUAUACGGUGUAGAAUACAAAUUGUCGCUAUAUGCUGAUGAUUUGUUAUUGUAUGUAACCGAUCCUGUUGCCUCUAUGCCAGCUGUCUUGGCUGUUCUGGAAUCCUUCGGUGUUGUCUCUGGUUAUAAAUUAAAUUUGGAUAAAAGCGACUGUUUUCCUGUCAAUACUGCAGCAUUUUCUCUCCAACAGUCAGAUUUACCGUUUCGAUUUAGUCAGUAAGGGUUUAAAUACCUAGGUAUCAACGUGACACGUUCUCUAUCUAAUCUUUCAUCAGCUAACUUCACUCCCCUUAUCUCAAAGGUUAAAUCUAACAUUCAGAUUUGGGUAACUUACCCCUUUCUCUAAUUGUCAGGAUCAAUGUCGUCAAAAUGAAUAUAUUACCGAAGUUUCUUUUCUUGUUCCAGCAAGUGCCUCUUUCUCUGCCAAAAUCAUUCUUCGAUUCAUUGGAUAAGAUAAUUAGUACUUUUAUUUGGGGAGGGAAGCCACCAAGGGUUAGUAAAUUAUUGCAGAAAUGUAGACUUAGUGGAGGACUUGCAUUACCCAUUUUUCAAUUCUAUUACUGGGCUGCGCACAUCCAUAAACUCUGCUACUGGGUUAAAUCUCCUGGAUCUUCUUGGUCUAAAUUGGAACUAUUGUCGUGUAGGGAAUCCUCUUUACCUGCUUUACUUUAUUCCUCUCUACCUACAAAACUCUCCCUAUAUACUGGUAAUCUAGUUGUCCUCAACACUUAUGACUUAGGACUAGUUGUGUAAUAGACGUGCACAGUAGAACUGUCGUGAUUAAUUAAUAAUCUUAUAAUGUGAUUACUUGAUGGCCGUAGACAAAACUCUAUAAAUGUGAAAUGUUUUGUUGAAGUUCAGAUGAAUCUCUGAUGUACAGAAUAUUCAACAGAGUUCUGCAGAAAGAUUUUGAAUGCCUGUCAUUCACCAGAACAAAUUUGCAGUUGAACAGUCUGUCUAAAAGAAAAAAUCUAAACACACAAUAUAAAAUUCCUGCAGUGUGAAUAAAGCCUUUGUGUUGCUUUUAGCAAACAUGUCUAGUACUCUCGGUUCAAUGUACACAAUUUACCCCAUUUAAAUGCAUUUUGGAAAUUGUUCCACAUGGCCUUAAAGUGUGAAUAUUCACUGUAUGCCAAAUAAGUAAUCAAAGAAUGGAACUGAAUUUUUUCUUCUCUAACGGACCAUUAAUCACAAUUAUAAAAGAUGAUGCAUCAGGUACAAAGUAUCAGGGUUUUUUCCCCCUCUUUUUCCCACAAUAGUUGCAUGAUUUUUGCUACACCCUUUCCACCGUGUGUGUGUGUGUGUGUGUGUGUGUGUGUGUGUGUGUGCGCGCGCGCUACAAAUCACUUUGAGGUAAAAAUAUUUUAAGGCAGCCACUUUCACCUUCCUACAACAAUUGGUGACUGGUCUGAGGUGAAGCUUCUUGUCAUGUUACUGUGGUCAUGGAUCACAUUGUGGGGAUCUCUGUAAUGUAACCAUUUCUGUAAUUAUCCUUACCUGCUUUUGUGCUUCUGUGUCUUCUGUUGGUGCUUUAUUCUGCUUUUUAGGGCCCGAGCACCGCUGCUGCAAAGCCCUAUUGGAUCUGCUGUUUAUUAUUGGGGCAGAGCACCGAAGGUGCAGCGCUUCCGGUGACCACCGGAGGGCGCAUGCACCGGAGGUGCAGGGCCCUAUUGAUUUUCUGGUGUUUAUUGUUUAUUUCAUGCAUUCUUCUCGUUUUUAAGGGCCUAAACAUGGCUGAAAACUCCCAAAACUCGGUAGACGCGCCAGCACCAGUGAAAAUGUAACUUGCAUGGGCAUGGUCGAGGAGCUCCCUAGCACCCCUGAAGGCAGGCAAUGAUAUCAGUUAGAUUCAGCUUCGGACACAAGUUCCAGGUACUGAUCGAGAAGGAGUGGAUCAGCUUCGGACACAAGCUGACCUCGCGUGUCGGCCUUGGAGAUGAGAAUCACGCCAACUCGGAACGAUCCCCUCUCUUUGUGCAGUUCAUCGACUGUGUGUGGCAGAUGAUGAGACAGGUCAGCUACUGAUGCUUUACACCACAACACUGUUGAAUUCUCCAAUCUGAUUGGUCAGAAGGCGUUGGAGACAUUUCUGGAACAGCAAGAUUCUGAUUCCAGCUGCAAGGGAAAUUACAGCUUUAUAGUGAUGUGCUCGUUCUCGUUCCUAUAGUAACAGCUCAUUGACAGGGUCUAGUAUGGCGUACGCAAUACAUAUUCUAAGCUUAAUCGUAAACAUAUUAUAAACAUGUCACUUAAAGAAAAAGACGUAUGAUCAUUGUGAUCUAGUUAAGAUUUAUAAGUUAUCUAUUUAUGGAAGUUUUAUGGAAGUAGUCUCCAGUGUCACGGCAGAGAGGACAUUGCACUUUCCAGUUUCUCAGUAACAUUGCAAGUCUUAUUAAUUUCAAGAGUUAGGGGGAAAAAAGAGAGGCUUGUGAGGGAACUAUUGUUUUAUUUUAAUGUUAUAAAGUAAGAGAUCAUAAUGAGAACUAACUCUCUUUUCCAGGACAUUCCAAAUUGUUCUUUGGCUAUGCCCCAUGUUUGUGCAAUGGUUCAGACCGGUUUUUCCUCUUUUCGCAGCUUCAAAAUGGCUUGCUUUUCUCCCAUAGACAGCUCUCUGGUCUUCAUGUCGGUUUAUUCUUUUUAACAACAAAUGCUGUCUCCACAGGUGAAACCCAGGGCUCAAACCAAGAGAAGACAUUCAGAGCUAUUCAUUGUUUAAAGUCCAUUUAACGAGGUACACCUGGCCAGCAAGAAAAAAACAUCAGUCACUCGUUCCAGUAUUUUUGAACAGUUAAUGAAUAGGAUGGCUUAAAAAAAGCUGCCAUAUUUUAAGCUGUGUAACACGUCUAGAUGUAAAUAUGAGGAAAUGAAAGCUGAAAUUCUGAUCUAUCGUCUCAUAUUCGUCUUUUAUCUCAAACCCAAAUGUCUUCAGUAUACAGCAAAAGCAAGUGAAUUGGCCUUGAUGUUCCAAUACUUUUGAAGAGGACUCUAAUUGUAAGAAUUAAAUAUAAUUUCCGUACUGAACAAAAGACUGAUUAUCUGUUCAGGCACUAUUGUGCAGAUCCGCAUUUAAGCAUCUUACUAUACACUGAGUUCAAAGAGCUUUUUCUCAUCCCCAUCCUGGAUCGCCCCUACAGCUGCCUGUUUGGUACAUUCCUCUACAGCAGUGAGCAGGAGAGAAUGGAAAAGGAAGUACAGGGUAAAACAGUCACUGUGGUCCUACGUUAACAGUCAGCCGGAGGACUUCACUAACCCGUUCUAUGUGGACUGUAAAAACCAGGUGCUGUAUCCACUGGCCAGUCUCACACAUCUGGAGCUCUGGGUGGGUUAUUAUGUGCGUUGGAACCCACGCAUGAGACCACAGAUGCCGCUCCAUCAGAAUCUGAGAGAGUUAUUGUUUUUGCGUGAAGAACGUGGAGGAGCUCCAGAGAGAGGCCACGUCAUCCUGCUCCAUCUCCUCAUCCUCAGAGCAUACUUCUCCCUCCUCACAUAGUGGAGGCGGUUCAGCUGGACGGAGAGAUCCUGCAUGCGCUGUGAAGCGAGUGUGCUCUGUGGCGUAUCGGCACCUGGACAAGCACAAGAUCGAGCCGGUGCUCUACAUGAUGGAGUGGUUCAUGUGCGCCUUCUCCAGAACUCUGCCCUGGGCCUCGGCCCUCAGAGUGUGGGACAUGUUCCUGUGUGACGGAGUGAAAAUGAUAUUCUGUGUGGGUUUGGUGGUGUUGACGUCCAUGCUGGGUACUCGGGAUAAGCUCAAGGCCUGUCCGGGUCAGUAUGAGACCAUGGAGGUCCUCAGAGCGAUUGAGCCUAGAUACAUGCAGGAGGGCUUCUUCGUGCUCCAGGUUCUGGAGUUGCAGGUAUCGGCACAGGACGUGGAACGUGAGCAACGCACGCAGCUGAAGCGCUGGAAGAAGAAGCACGGAAAGCCCGGCCCCAAACUCCCUCAGAGAAUGCACAGUGCUCGCACCAUCAUGGCCACCGAGCCUCAUACACACCAAGACCUCCGCCAGAAACCCACCAUUAUGGUCCAGUACCCAUCGGCCCCUGAGGAGAAGUCCGAGCCGAACCUCAGGAAGAAGAGAGGGAGCCUGAAGAAAAACCAAGCCCUCAUUCCGAACCCCUACGCUCUACCUGGCGAGUCUAAACCUAGUCAGAUAUUGGACAUGCAGCUUCUGAACCAGGAAAAUCUCAAUCUUGUACUUCCAAAUACACCAUCACAUCCACCACGGCUCCCUACAAUGCAGGAAAAUCAGGUCAAAGAGACGAGCACUUCUACAGAGCGACUCGUGCAGCGUCCUCGAAUUCCUCCAUCGAUAAGAAACUGGCGGAAUCUAUCCCUCUGCAACAUCUAUCCCUCCUUACUGCUCCUGUACACGGAUCACCUUCAGCGUAGCGUCCUCACCUGCUGAAAUGUGCUCCUGUCCAAUCCGGACAACCUGACCAUGAUGAGCUCCCUAAUAAUACAUAAAACUCAGCCACCAUUUUGGAUCCAUCUACACACUCAAGCCCUCUGCUAACGCACCUGCCACCCACGACUCGCCUGCUGCUCCCAAGUACAAAAAGAACACUCAUUGAUUUUUUUUUUUUUGUUGUGCGUGUUAAACAGUGUGAUACGUUGAGGAAUUGAUUAUUGGCACACGUCUACUGAAUAGCAAGGAUCGUUAAGUCUUUAACGUGUGUAAACUAUACUUGUUAUAAACUAUACGUGUUAUAGUUUACACCGGAGGAACUGCAAACAAUCUGAGAGAGGACCACACUUGGUCCAAAAAUGUACACACACUCCACAAAAACUCUGCAGUGCCUGAGGAGUGUUUACUCGCUCCAGUCUUCAGAAGGGAAACUACCUACAGAUUCACUUUUGAAAGACUUUCACAGGCAUCACAAACAUUUGUUUAUAUUACACUCGUAUCAAUUUGGCAGGUUUUUUUCUUCUUAAUCCGAAGCAACCACCACUUCUUUGUGUUUGUAUUUCACAAAUUUCCUUACCACAUCUUACAAGAGCUGCACGACAAUCACAACAAUCCUGUACAAUAGGCACAGCCUUUUCAUUAACACAAUCUCAGUGAAAUAUCCUCUGUCUGUAUACUUUACACGCAAACAAAACAACUCAAGCUGAGAACUUUAUUGCUGAUUCACGUUAUACCACACCGCCUUCUAAUAUAGAUCUGAUCUAUAUUAUAUAUACGUGUACCUUAGAUAAUGCCUCUCUGAACGCCAUGGUGGGACGUUCCCGAGUUGAAGUACUGUACAAGUCCUAAGCAUUAGAUCACCCCAAUUACUCUUGUAUACUCUUUCCAUACCAUCGUGAUCUUUGCCUGACGAAGCCAUACACAAAUCAUAAUUGACAUUUGGGGCCUAAUUCUAAAAUCACCACAUACCAAAUGCACAACCAUUUUGUCUUGCUGCCAUCACAAAAUAAUAAUGUUUAAACCUUAAGUAACAGAGUCACAGAGGGUGUAUAUAUUUUUCCACACUACAUGAAGUUUUGGGAUCCUUAUAGACUGUGGAACAGAAGUGUACUCAGUGUGUCUCCACCGUUUUAUUUCAUAUUGGAGUACAACCAUUUUUCUUUUUUACCAUUAAGGAUGAAACACUUGUUUCUUUUAAAACACCGUCUUUAAAUGUUUUUCUACCUCCUAACUAAACCCUCGGACUUAAGACACGAUCUUUGGAGCUGUUGACGCCCUGCUCAGGGUUAAACAACAACGUCUUUACAUUACCUUCAUUAAUAAUUUGUCAAUCUAUCCUCUUGGUUUUUUUAUUUAUUUUUUGGAGCAAAAGUCAGGUCCUCUCUCAUUUCAACAGGUCCUCUUGUUGGUGAAUACACAGCAAUCUUCUAAGGGUAUUAGCAUUUCUCGGAGCAGACAUUGUAA